CAGCGAGGCGUGGAGGCAGGCAGGGACAGACAGGUCAGGUCAAGUGGGCGAGCGGUAACCACGGCUAUUUUCUUGUACCUCUUUGCACCGAUAAGCUUCUCCUUGUCGGAGGACAAGAUCGACUGGACACCUCUGCACACGGCUCGACGCCGAGACGGAAGAUCUGGGAGAUUGAUCUGGGAUUCCAGCAGAGUAGAAAGACGUAAAGGAUCUCAGAAGUAGACGAGCAGACAGCCUCUUCCUCCUCGUCCUUCUCAAGAUCCUCGUAUCCUCUGCCUCUCCACUCUCCACCCUCCACGCUCCACUUCAUCCGCCCCACAUACCGUCCAUGGCUUCCGCUUCCCCCGACAAAAAGGCCGAAGAGGGUGCCUCUACACCUCCGGAUCUCCACGGCGGCAAGGCUCUCGCCGAAGUAGAGACCUAUGGGCGCAACAGCAUUGCCGGCGAUGAGCGACUGCAGCAAUUCGGCUACACGCCCGAGCUGAAGCGCAACCUCUCCCUGAUCACCGUCCUGGGUCUCUCUUUUAGCAUCAUCGCCGCCCCCUUUGGUCUGUCCACUUCGGCCCUCUUCGCUCUUGGAAAUGGUGGGACAGCAACGUACUUUUGGGGAUGGCUCUUCCUCUCCGUCAUCACACUCGCAAUGGCCGCUAGUCUGGGUGAGCUAUGCUCUGCUUUCCCUACCAGUGGAGGAGUAUACCAUUGGUCUGCCUAUACUAGUCCCAAGAAGUAUAGAAAGGUGAUCAGUUUCUGCACAGGAUGGGUGAGCAUGGUUGCCAACAUUACACUCGCUCUGUCGAUCAUCUUUGGUGAGGCUCAAUUGAUCUUAGCCGCCAUCUCCCUCUUCCGAGACAACGACUGGGUCCCUGAAGCCUGGCAGACCAUCCUAAUGUUCUGGCUAGUCAUGGUCUUCUCCCUCCUGGUCAACGUCUGGGGCGUCAAAGGCAACUAUCUCGAACUACUCAAUACCGCCUCCAUCUACUGGAGCUCAGCCAGCGUGAUUAUCAUCCUCGUUGUCCUCUUGGCCAUGUCUGGUGGAGCGAGGAGAAGUCCAUACGAUGCGCUGAUCCUUUGGCAAAAUGCUUCUGGUUGGACCGAUGGGUGGAGCUUCUUUGUCGGGUGCUUGACACCUGCUUACGUCUUGACCGGAUAUGGAACUAUCGCAUUUCUCUGCGAGGAAGUCACCGACCCGGAGCGCUCCGUCCCCCGAGCAAUGGUAGGCUCAGUCCUAGCAGCCAGUCUGACCGGCUUUCUCUACAUCAUCCCAGUGAUCAUCACUCUCCCCCUCGAGCUGGAUGACAUACUUGCAGCCGCUAGUGGUCCCCUCCCAGCCUUGUUCCAGACAGUGACGGGAAGCAAUGGCGGUGGCUUUGGACUGCUCUUCCUCAUCAUCGUCAUUGGUCUCUUUGCUAGCGUGGGAGCUUUGACCGUUUGUCUGCGCGGAAUUUGGGCAUUUAGCAGGGACGGAGGGAUGCCAUUCUCGUCGGUGUGGGCCAAGGUGCACAAGGGUCUGGAUCUGCCCCUCAAUGCUACGCUUCUCUCGAGUGUAGUAAUUGCCCUCCUCGGACUCAUCUAUCUCGGAAGCACCGCCGCCUUCUCUGCCUUUACGGGAGCAGCAACCAUCUGUCUCGGGAUCAGCUACGCACUCCCCAUUGGCCUCUCACUCUUCCAGCGUCGCGCUCCAGUAGCCAACGCUCCCUGGUCCUUUGGCACCCUCGUAGGCUACGUGGUCAACAGCAUCACCGUUGCCUGGAUUGCCUUUAGUGUGGUCCUCUUCUCUUUCCCAACUGCAAAGACUACCGAUCCUGCAAGUAUCAACUAUGCGAGCGUGGUCUUCGUGGGAUUCUUUGCCUUUGCGGCCUUCUAUUACGUGGUUUGGGGGAGAAAGUCGUUUAGGGGACCCCUCGAGACGACGACCGAAGGCUUGUGAAUCGAUUGACUGGGUCAGUCCACUGGCCGCCCGUUUUGGCGGUCUGCUCUGCUCUUCUUCCACCAAGCUAUGAGCCCUUCUUUUUCCAUGAUCCCAAAAGCCCACGCACGCGCCCUCUUUUCUCCUGUAGCAAUGUUUGUGUUGAAACAAUUCGUCAUUGGUCGUACUUGUACAGCUACUAGAAUGAAAUGGAGGCGUGUGUGUGUGUGUGUAUAUAUGUUGUGACAAACAGCCCUACCUGCGUGAAUGCCCAGAUUGUGCUGCUGCACUCCCUCUUUUUUGACCCUUGUCCUGUCAUGUCGUUGAGACUUGUAAUGAUAGGUGGCGAUUACCUCUCUACCCUCUGUGCACUCCCUUCUCGUCAGUACAUCCACCUUCAUUCACCCCCUCCUCUUCCCUUACCAUGCAUCGUGACUGCUACUUAGAAGAUCUUCUCCUUUGGGAACUUGAGCACAGGUCCAGACUGACCAAUGCACAUUCCAC